AUCAAUAAGCGUUAAAUGUCAAAGUACAAGAAAAUUGUUUUACUAAAAGUGUUUCCUUAAGGGUGUGAAACCUACGAUAGAUCUGAAUUAGUAAGAAUUUAGUAAGAAGUUUACUAAAUUUUACACUGAUUACCCUUAAAAAAUAAUUAUGUUUUUAUGGAACGAAAUAUGCUACAAGAAAAAAGAAAUGCUGCUCAAUCAGUUAAAAGCAAUAGAACGAAAGAUUACUAUUCGAUAAUUGAUUCACCAAUUGAUGUUGAAGAUACCCACAUCAAACAUGAUUUAUGGGAUAAUGAAGCCAAAAGGGGAAAUUUGAUUACAGGGCCUUACAGCUAUGUUAGUAUUAACAUCAACCCCCGUGAUAAGAUUGAAAAUGAUUUGUUGGUCGAACCAUCUGAUUCAGUUAAACAUAUUGAAGUAAACAAUGACUUGUAUGCUAUAGUCGACAAAACGAAUUCAGGGUCAAUAAAUAAUGUAAUAAAUAGUCAAAAGUUAUCUUGCAGAAAAAGUAGCACAAAUGAAACUGUAGCUAUUGAUAGAAAAAACAAUUCAGCACUUUCUAUUGGUGAUGUCACUGAGAGUAAACCACCGAUACCUAAACCUUACAGAUCUGAUAUUAAAAAUUCUUCACAUGAUCAUCAAGAAACAGUAUUUAACAAAGUACAAAAUUGUCCUGAUGCUUUUAGAAACUCUAUUUCUACAGAAGAUAUAUUAGUAACUUGUCAAUCAUCAUUGUCAAAAUUGCCUAGUUAUAACAAGUUAGACAAUGAGAAUAAUAAAAGCCAUAAUAAAAAAUCAGGUGGCUUUUCAUCUGGUAAACAAUCAAAAAGUGAAUUUCAGAAAACUCACAGACGCAUGCAUUCAUUUGAACCUGUACACAAGAACUUUGCUGAGAAUUUACCUGAGCUAAAUAAGUUUUCUACAUUGGGUAGAGAUUUUUCAAAAACAUCUACUGUUUCAACAAAAAUGCGUAAGUCAAAAACAUCUGAUGAAUUGAACUCUUUUGACUCAGGAAAAUUAUCUGUACAUAAAAAUGAAUUGGACUCAGAUAAACUUCCUGAUGGUUGGCAAGAAGUUAAAGACGGUUCUGAAAUAUAUUAUUGGCAUAUUUGGACAGGCACUAUACAAUAUGAAAGACCUAGGGCAUGCAUGACUCCAAAUGUUUCAGAAAGAUUUGAUUCAACUCAAGAUCUAAAUCAAUCACUGUGUUCAAGCACUACAAAUGAUUUUCAUAUUUCUGGUCAGAUGUUGCUGAAUGAAGAUGAUGAAUUAGAGACAGGAAUCCGCUUUCCGGUUCACUCGAUGGGAUGGAUGGAUGUUGAUGCUGAUAAGAUGGGGAGUAAUAUAAUUGCUGAAACAGUUAACAAUUGUAUUACUAUUAUGGAAGAACAACGUUAUGACUUGUACCAAGUUUCAGAAACCUGGGCUGAGGCAGAAGAUAUUGAAAUCAUUUUGGAAGAUGAAGCAUUGAAGUUAUAUGAUCCCAAGUCAAAUACUGUGCUAAACACCCAACCAAUUUCCAAGAUGCGAGUUUGGGGAGUGGGAAGGAGUGAGCCGAGGGAUUUUGCCUACAUAGCUCGAGAUCAAGCAACUGGUAAACAUAGAUGUCAUAUGUUUCGCUGUCAUGGUGAAUUAACUGGACGUUCUAUUACAAAUGCUCUUCAAAUAAUUUGCAAUCGUGUAUUAGAUGAAAAAAAACAAACAAAAGAACAAAUUGGUUGUAGAAAAACAUCAAACCUAUUUCAGGCUCCUUCAAAAACAUCAUCUGUUUUCAAUGAAAAACCAUAUAUAGAAGAAAAAAAGCGCUUCACUGCUAAAUAUGUUGGUCAAACAGCGGUGUCAAGUAGUACAGGAAUUGAUAUUGUUAAUAAGUGUGUCAGAGAGUUAUCUGAAGGUAAGAAAACAUCUGAUUGGUGUUCUGUGCUUAUCGAAGUAACUACAUCAGAGAUUAAAACUAUUGAUUGUUUUAAACAACAUUCGAUAUUAACACACAGAGUUCGUUUUAUUUCUUUUCUUGGAGUUGCUCAAGAUGAGAGAUUUGCUGCAUACAUAUUGGCUGUGUCUAAGGAUGCUUAUGCUUGUCAUGUAUUUUUUUGUGCUCCACAUGCUGGGACAUUAACCAAAGCUAUAGAGCAGGCUUGUAAGCUUCGCUUAGAAAAGAUGAUUCAAGGUAAAGGUUAUGGUUGUUCAAACGUAAAAGAUAGUAAUCAAGUUCCUCCCCAGCAAGAUAAUCAGCAAGUUUUACUACUCAGCAAAAAAGAAAAGCCAAAAUCAUUUACUUCCAGCAUGUUAGGGGUUUUCAGUAAAUUCAAUAGACGUGAAAAGAAAAAGGAGAAUCUUUUAUCACAACUAUCACCCAAUGAAAAUGAGUUUGCUAUAAAUUAUUUUGGGUCUUGUAUGGUUAAUAUUGGAACUGGCAUUGAAACCAUUCAUAAGGCAGUUAAUACUUUAGUAGGAGGUGAAAAAAUGACUGGUUUCCUUCAAGUACAAUCUGAUUGCAUCACAUUAUCCGACUCUAAUUGCACUGCUCUUUCUAAAAGAGUAUUUGACAUUAGUUCAAUAAGUUUCUGUGGAAUGGCAAGUGAUCGAAAGCAUUUUGGGAUUAUAGUAUCCUCAGGCAAAAAUAAAUAUUUGUGUCACGUGUUUGAAGAAUGUAAGAAUUACGGAAGUGUAGUGAGUGCUAUCCAAGAUGUUCUCUAGUUCAAGAGUCUUAUUUGAAUUAUGCUAUUGUUACUUGUAUAUUUAAACUGUUUUUAUGAGUUUUUAUAAGAUAUUUUAAAGUCCACAAAAUCUAAUGACGUUUAGAGUUGUUUGUUUUUGGUUAAUUCUAAUGAAGUGUAUUAAUUGUGCUAAUGUUUCUUGCGUAAAAAAGCAUUUCAAUUAAAAGUUCUUGAAAAUUGUUUUGUGUAUGCGUUUUUAUAUCAUAUUUUAUAUGUGUAAAUAAUUUUUUUUCAAAGUUUAUUCCAAAUACUAUAGUUUUAUAUUUACUUAAAAUUUUUCUAUGUUUAACUUGAUUAAAACCUAAAAACUGUAGAUUUUGCUAACGUUAUGGUUAUUAGUUUAUAACUAAAUUCGUAAAUUUGUUAUUUUUUUCUUUUUAUCGUUCGUUUAUGUUAAUCUAUGUAAAAUAUAACGCGUAAAAUAAUUUCUAUAAAAAAUCUUGAAGGAACAAAUGUGCGUUUUCAUCUUUUUUAUCUUCACCGCCUCGUUUUAAUAUUUUAUGUUAUUUUCAAUUUUGUCCUAGCUGGACACGAGAAACCGCUGUUCUUUUAAAAUCAACUUUACUGCUUUAGUUUUAUUUCUAGUUCAUCUGUAAAUUGUCUCGCUUUCAUAUACAAACUUUGUUUGGCUCUUGUUUUACAUUAAUAAUAUGUGGUGUGCCUUUUACAGUACCUUUUUAUAUUACCUGAAGAACAAUAAUGAAAUUAUAAUUAAAACAAAUUGCAGAUGUCUUUGUCUAUAAUUGUUUUAUGAGUAAUAUUAACUUGAUGGUAAUUUAUAAAAAUUUCGAAAUUAUUGGUA